GCGGUUUAUGAGCGUCUCUAUGGGAGGAAAAAGAUCAAAUCUUUAUAUCUCCGGUAAUGUUCUAGUCCAUUGCAACCUCGCUUUUAUCUACCUAGCCCACAUGGUAGUCGUGCAAGAACAGCGAGGGAGAAGGGCCCCUCCCGAACGCAUCCCGUCUUCUGUGACAAAUACUCCCCCCCACUUCAUUCCCUCGGCGUCUAAUGUGCAGCACUGUACUGUACUCGAUUAAACACAAUUCCCCGAAAUUCGACGGUUAAAGCAGGAAAGAAAAAAAAAUAUCAUACAAAACUCGAACACCCCUCCGUUUCCCCACCACUGUACCUAAAUUCAAUUCAAUCCAACCACCCUCGGGAAAAGGGAAAAGGCUCUAUUUAAAUUGCUCCUGCGCACCUCCCUCGAGCUGCGCAAAUCCCAACAUCAAAACUGUCGUCCACAGCAUUAAAACGUCUCUCUUCACAGGCCACAUCUGCACGCCUAACCAACCUAUCCCGACACUUGUCCUCGAGCAGGAUGGCGCCCGUGUCAAAGCAGUACGACUACCUCGUUAUCGGCGGAGGCAGUGGCGGUCUCGCGAGCGCUCGUAGGGCUAGUGCCAUGUACGGUGCUAAGGUUGGGAUUAUUGAGAGUGGGAGGUUAGGGGGUACUUGCGUUAAUGUUGGGUGUGUGCCCAAGAAAGUCUCCUGGUAUGCGGCGGCAAUUGCGGAGACAUUGACUGAAGCGAAGGGGUAUGGGUUCGAUAUUGACGUGAAGGGUUUUGACUGGCCGACCUUUAAGACGAAGAGGGAUAAAUACAUUGAGCGUCUGAACGGGAUUUACGAGAGGAACCUGAAGAACGACAAAGUCGACUAUAUUGCCGGCCACGGCCGCUUCGUUUCCAGGAAUGAGGUCGAGGUUACCCACAAUAAUGGCGAAAAGAGUACAUACGGUGCUGACAAGAUUCUAAUCGCUACCGGCGGAUACCCGAGCGUCCCCACCGACAUCCCGGGCGCAGAGUACGGCAUUACCUCCGACGGCUUCUUCGAGCUCGACCAGCAACCCAAAAAGGUCGUCCUCGUCGGCGCCGGCUACAUAGCCGUGGAACUUGCCGGCAUCUUCCGAGCCCUCGCGAGCGAAACACAUCUCAUGAUCCGCCACGACAACUUCCUGCGCUCGUUCGACCCGAUGGUACAGGAAGUAAUAGGAAAACGCUAUGAGGAAGAUAUGGGCAUGAAGAUCCACCGCCGCUCGAAGCAGACCAAGAUCGAGAAGGACGAGAGCACGGGUAAGUUGAGGGUGCACUAUGAGGAUAGUAAUGGCACGGGCGUGCUCGAGGACGUGGAUACACUGCUCUGGGCCAUUGGGAGGAGGCCUAAUACCGGGGACCUCGCGCUAGACAAGGUCGGGAUUGGGAGGAAUGAGAAGGGACAUGUUAUCGCGGAUGACUUUCAGAACACCAGCGUGCCGAACAUUUUCUCGUUGGGGGAUGUUUCGGGAAAGGUUGAGCUGACUCCUGUCGCCAUCGCCGCUGGCCGCCGCCUCUCAGAUCGCCUCUUCGGUGGGCCAAAAUUCGCACAGGCCAAGCUGGACUACACCAACAUCCCAUCCGUAGUCUUCGGGCACCCAGAAAUUGGCGCGAUUGGGCUCACGCAGCCGGAGGCCGUGGCGAAGUACGGCCAGGACAGCCUAAAGAUUUAUAAGACCACUUUCACCGCCAUGUACUACUCCAUGCUCGAUCAUAAGGGCCCCACGGCUUACAAGCUCAUCUGCCACGGACCCGAGGAGAAGGUGGUGGGGUUGCACACCAUCGGUCUGGGAAGCGCGGAAAUGCUCCAGGGAUUUGGCGUUGCGGUGAAAAUGGGGGCCACCAAGCAGGAUUUCGACAAUUGCGUUGCCAUCCACCCUACCAGUGCUGAGGAGUUGGUCACUUUGAAGUAAUCCCUUGGAAUAUUUCCACGUUCUGGUCCUGUGUAUCCUCUAUGAGGGGGUUCUUAGGCUGCAACAACUUAGGACGUUGCUUUCCCGAUAAACGAACAAAUAAAUAUAUAAAGGUGCUCUUUUUA